GGAAACCCCGUGAUGACAAUUUGGUAACUCCAAUCAAACUUGGAAAUCCCAUAACGACACAGAGAGAAUGUGCAAACUCUACGCAGAUAACACUGUGGUGUGACCUACAGUGCCACCCACUAUUCUCCGCUCUUGGUGAUUGCUAAAGCAUUACUAAAGAAAGAAGAAGCCGAAAAUACCUCUGCAAUGUUGUUACAUUUGGAACCAGCAGAAGAGAAGAGUGUCGAUGUCAGGCUGGCAUCUACGGAGUCUACGAGAAUAGCAUGGCGGGAGCAACAUGAAGGACAUGAACUGCACUUGAGAGGAAAUCCUGUACCAUGUUGAAUUUUAAAGGUUUCAUACCUGCUGUGACUCCGAUACUCAUGAUACUUAACUGGAAUCUCUGCUAUUCCUGUAACCAGGCUGAGUAUGACAUAGGUGGGGAGUGCUGUCCUGUGUGUCCUCAAGGGGAUAGAGUUUACAAACACUGUACAGCACAGUCCAGCACUUCCUGUGUUCCAUGUGUUGGUUUGACUUUCACAGAUGAGCCAAAUGGUUUGACCAAAUGCAAACCAUGUACUGUCUGUGACCAGGGCCUUGGAUUGAAAACAGUGAGGGCCUGUACACACUAUUCAGAUACAGUGUGUGGGGUCCUGGAAGGGCACUAUUGUAUUAAUCCUUAUAAGGGAGGGUGCAGGGCAGCCAAUAAACACACAGCCUGCAGACCUGGACAGUUCAUCAAACAGCCUGGAGCAGAAUAUAUCGAUACCGACUGUGAGGACUGCAGUGAUAAUUCAUACUCUGAUGGCUCUUUCACAUCCUGUAAACCACACACAGACUGUAAAUCCAAAGGACUUCUAGCAGUUAAAGCUGGAGACAGAACAUCUGAUUCUGAAUGCAGUGCGGCCAAUCCUGUUACUACGGGCAGCAUUAAUAGCUGGAACAGUAUACUGAUAUUCCUUUUUCUGAUUGUGAACAAUUUCCUUUUAUGAAAUAAAUGUAAUCUUACUCUCCAGGUACUUUUUAUUGUUAUUAAUUACUGGUCUUAUAAUCAUAUUAAAAAAAAAAUCAUUUACAUUUAGCUUGACAAUAUAAUGACAUGUUUUAUCAGAGGCUAAUUCAUGUAUUUUCAGAUCAAUAACGACACGUUUUAGUGAUUAUGACCAUGUAAUUAGCUCCAUAAGAAUUGUUUCACUGAUAUGUUUUAUUAGAUUAAUAAUAUGUUGAUGUGGGCAAAUAGCUACAUGUUUUAUUGAUUACAACGUUAUAUUUGCGCCAGAGGCUUCGUCUUUUUUAAUGUAUUCUUCUGUCUUUGAAUUGCCUUGUGUCUGAAAUGUGGUAUAUAAACAGGGAUGGACAUAACUGGUACGCAAGUACGCAUUCACCUUUUAAAAGCGAUACGUGCGGCAAUCGAUUAAUGUAACAGCGCAUAUACGUAUGGGACACCUCUCCUUGGAUUGCCACCUUAUUGUGGUGGAGGGGUUUGCGUGCCUCAGUGACCCUGGGGGCUAUGUUGUCGGGGGCAAUAGCCCCUGGUAGGGUCUCCCAAAGCAAGAAGGUCCCAGGUAAGGGGCCAGACGAAGAGCAAUCCGAAAAAAAACCCUGAUUGUAUUAAGAGAACUUACAGGUGGCCCCAUAACUGGCCACGUCACCCCAGUAGCAUAGAAUUAAAGAAAUAUGUUGAAUGUUCCCCUGUCACUGUGAUGAUUUGGGAGGUUGUAAUUGUCCGACUUCAUUACUCACGAUUUGGUGGAGUACCUCCAACUCCACCUAGCAGACAUACAUAUGAGGUGAUUGAGGUGUGGAUUGAUUCUGACCGUGUGUGGACUAAUCUUCCUGAAAUUCAAGAUACUGGGAUACUUACUCUGUUUAAGGACACUUGUUCUGCUAUUUCUGAUCCAUGGGAUGCUAACCCUGUUCAAGGACAUUAACUUUGUUUUUAGGGCCUUUCCUGGGAAGAAAGGGUGGUCCAACAUGUGUUCCAACAUGUGUUUUAUACGUUAUCGAUUAGUGUGUGGACCGCUUAUUUAGUUCUCAGAAGAUGUUCUCAUGAGAAAGGGGAAGUUGAUCAAGGAUACCUGUCUAAUUACUUUUGAUUGAAACCAUAUCUAGCAGUUGGUGUGUGGGACACUGAUAUUAUCUAGAGGAAAGGGGAAUGUGUUGAUUAUGGGAACUUGUCUUUGUACUUUUCAUUUUAACCGCGAGCCGCAUUACCUGGACAAGGUUGGAAAUUUGUGAAUGCCUUGCCUGAGGGGAGGGGUGAGCCUGGCCAGCUCGUCCCCUGUCCACACAUAAUGCCAUUAGUAUAAAGGAAGGGGGAGAUCUUAGUGUUGGUUGGAGCUCAGCCGUGGGACAGAGCGUGCAUCGCCCGGCACUUUCUCGGGACUCACAUGUUGAUCUCCUACCAGUACUGAAACGGGCUCCCCAGUCUAAGAGUGAAGGUGGGUGAUGAUGGCACGUCCGAGUAUGAAUAGCUUUGCAGUGUUUGUGUACUGAUUUAAUCAUUAUUGGGAUUAAUUAUCAUUUUAUAAGAGUCACAAUAACAAUAAUAUUAAUUGGUACUUUCUACAUAUGGAUGUUUUAUUUUUAUAUAUACAUAUAAUCAGUUGUAUUGGCAGUUUGAUUAUUGUUUAUGAUUUAUAAUACCAUUUGAUUUUAAUGCAAGGUUAUUUUGUAUUACUUGUAAUAAAGCGUUAUUAGAAGCGAA